AUGCCGUAUUAUGACGCUUAUGGCGCGCCAUAUGUCGAGACAGUGCGCCCGUACGUGCAGGUUCUCAAUGAGAAAGUGUACGCGCCUACUUCGCGUGUCGUCAAGCACGGGUAUGAGAGAUACGGUGCGCCCGCUUUGGAUAGAGCCCAGCUUUAUGGCCAGCAGCAGUGGGAGACGAUUGUCGUCCCACAUUUGCAGUCCGCUAAGGACAGAGCAAAUGGCCUGUAUCAGUCUCAAGUAUAUCCCCAUGUGCAAAGCGUUGAGGCGGCUUUGUCGCCAUCCUUCCACAAAGCCAACGGCGCGAUCAAGUCGGCAUACGGAGACUACCUUCUCCCCUUCGGCGCAAAAUAUAGGCCUUUCAUUGGCAAGACCUAUACAACAGGGCAGGAUAUGCUCACAACAACCGUACUUCCUUAUGCGCAAAACUCAUGGUCUGCGGCUAUCUAUUUCAUUCACAGCACAUUAUGGCCCAGAGUCACCGGAGUCUACUCCGAGAACGUCGAACCGCAGCUAGUUAAGAUCGGAGAAAGAUUAGCAAGUUACCGUGAGGAGAAGAGGUUGCGACAGGUUGCAGAGGAAGUGGAGAGUGCAUCCCAACAAGCAUCUUUUCUCACUGCACCAAAAGCUACUGAGGUGGACGACUUGACGACAUCGUCCACAACCGAGCAAGCCACCGCAACGCCUACGCUGUCGCCUACAGAACAAGCUGCGAAAGCGCGCAAUAGUAUUGAGACUGACCUGCACACCUGGCAACAAAAGUUUGCUGUUGCUGCAGAGAAGGGCCUCGAGGACCUUGAAGAGCGCUUGCAAGAGAUAGUCAACGGGUUCAUUGGGAGUGGCGUACGCGCACAUGGAGAAAGCUUGGCGACCGCAUUGGAGGCUGUUGUUGACAACGAGCUUAUAGCUCUCAAGCGUCAUAUUAACAGCCUCGCCGAGUCUUUGCCAAAAGAAGACGUGCCCCAAGAGGAGCAGGCAGCGACAAACGAGCUUUUCGGAAACAUCAAAGAAGCCGCAGUGUCUAUCCGGGACCGUGCUCACGCCCUUCGAGAAUGGCGCAAUUCCUUCGACCAAGAGCUUACCAGGCGCGUUUCUUUUGCAAUCAAUUCUACACUCGAUGUCCUGGAUAGCGUCCGCGAUCUUGGACUUCAAGAGGUCGGCAUGCGUUGGGCCUGGAUGGAGGGUGUCACCUACAAGGAUUGGGCUAGGUACCAUGCAUUGAAGGCACAGUUCGAGGAAUGGAAAGAUGAGUUUUUGGAAUUUGGCCUUCAGCACGCGAAGCUUGAGGAAGCGCGAGCAGUAGCGGACGAGAUCCUGUCGCAUGGAAUGGAGAUUGCUGAGGCUGCCGCCAAGGAGCUAACCCGGCUGAGAGACGUUGGCAAGUGGAAGAUCGCCGCCAGGGAAGCGAGCGAUGACUUUGACACCAGAUCUGAGCCUCCACCUGCAUUGCCUAAGCCUAGCCGUACCCCCGAGCCUGUUGCAGAUGAAAAUGCACCGGCAAAUGAGGCAGCCGAUGCUGAGCGUCCGGAUGGGACAGUCUUUGCGUAUGAUGCCGCCUCUCGGGUUGCAAAUGACGGGUCCAACGGCGAGGAAGAGAGUAUGGCAACUGAUGAGGAACACGCUUCUCCCCAGGGCAACGUUGGAUUGCCUUCAAACUACGAAUCGACUGGCUUUGCGGGCGAUGACCAGGACCAGGCAGCCGAGACUCAGGAUGCCGACGAGUUGAAAGCAGCAUGGGGAGUAGCCGCAGCUGAUGUGAGAAUCCCGUCGGAAGAAGAAACACCACAGGCUUCUGGUCCUCCAUUGUCGUCCGAGCAACAACAAGCUGUCGCGGAUCUCGUCUCAGGUCUACUCGUGGACAAAGACUCCGCCUACGCUAAAGAAAUCAUGAACAAACUGCACUCAAUUUACGGGACCCCACAGCCAACACCAGAGCCCUCUGUAUCAUCUGACGACGCCUCUGAUGACACCUCUGAGGACGUUAGUGAUGUCGAUGCAGAUGCUUCGAAUAUCUCCAUCUCCGAAGAAGAACCUCUCCAGGAAACUGAUGACGCCUCGGAUGCACCAUCUGAAGAGGUCUUCGAGUAUACUGCUAUCGCCGAUGACGAGGAUAGCAGCGACGAGGCACAAGACUCCCACGAGUCACUCUCCGACGAGAUCGAGGUCGAAGAGGAUCCAUCCAUGGAUAACGCCGAAUCGCACUCGGCAACUUCUCCUUCCACUACCAGCAAUGUUGUAUCCGAUGAGGCCGAGGAAACCAUCAUCCCCGAAACAACCCCAGCCAACGAAGACAGCAUUGCAGAGGAGUUGUAA